CUCACGAAGAACAUCAGCACGAACGCGGGCAAGGACCGGCAGGGCUUCGAGUGAAGGAUAUGGAAGCUCAACUCGGAGGUGAAAGAACUGGCCACGUCAGCAGCGACCAGCACGAACGAGAUUCUCAUUUAGUCGAAAAAGUCCCUCGACGACAUCACAGACCAGCCCGGAACAGCAUGGACGAGCUGAGCGUGACCACCCAGAAGUUUCACAAAUGUGUUCUACUGCUUGCAGCUUCUAGAGUUGGCCACUUUGGAAAUUCCCCGCUACGGCAGUUCCAGGAGCGCUGGAUGCAGGCCAGCAAGAAGCUGUUGAAAUGUAAGCAGCGAUGAUGCUGAGGUGCUGGACAGUGACGGUUCCGGUUGGAUAGGGUGGACGAAAGAUAUCUAAUAGGUGUUUUCGACCAAAAGAGAGUGAAUUUACCGAGCCGGAGCUGGUCCAGCUGAAGAUCGAGAAGGUUUACAACAGGAUGAAACGAAAAUCUUCGGAUUGGCGCGUUUCGAAUCUGGAUGAUUUGGCCAAGGAGUUUGAGAGCGUGCUGAUGAGGUUGACUGUGGAAGAGUUUGGCGUGUGGAAGACACGUCGAGGUUCAACGAACCGGAAGAGUUUGAAGCGUACAAUGAUUACUCGGCCGAAGAGUACCAGAGCUGGACAACGAUUUCAACGAGGAGUGUUGGACCCGGAAGAGGAGGAAAAGAGGACCGGAACUUUCGCUGUGAAGAAUGCGACAAGCCGUACGUUAACAGGUCGAGGUACGUACUGCACUUGCAGUCCGAGCAUCCGGACUUGCUCGAGUUGCGGUUCCAAUGUCCUCCGGGCAGAAUGCCAGACAGCACGAGUUAGUGCAUCUGUCGAGCGAUCAGAAGUUGGUGCAUCCGUGCAACUAUUGUGAUAAUAGUAAGCAAAUAUUAAAUUCGUGAUUUUUUUUCACUGGAAGCCUCCAUUUCUCUCCUUAGGUUCAGCAAGCUGGUCAACGUGCAGGCCCACAUUAAGACGGCGUUCGGCAUCAAGAUCGCCCUCAGCGCACAGCGAUGGAAAUCGACGCCUCGUUGAAGAUGGGCCACAGGCUCAACCAUAAGUUGGCCGAGUAGGUUACAGCAAGAACUAACCAAGCUGCAGAGUGUGUACGAGUGAGUAAUUUAAAAAUAUAUUAAAAAGUGUGAACAUCACCUAUGAAAUUCUUAAAGCAUUGGGUAAAAUUUACAAUUGUUAGAAUACCGAUUUGAAAUUGCUUCGUUGAAUCUAGUAUUCAAAAUAACAUCGAAUUCUAGAUUCAACGGAGCAAAAAAAAAUUGUGGGUUGUGUAAAUUUACAUUAGAUUCAUUGGAAAUUUACACGAUUUCAAAAGAUUUUCAAUUUGAACAUUUACAAUGAAAGUCAUGUAAAUUUCCAAUGAAGUUGAUGUAAAUAUACAUCAUUUAUCAUGAUACCUUUUGGUACAUGAUAAAUAAUGUAAAUUUACAGAAAUAUUUUUUUCUG